AUGCUGUCGGAUGACAGUUACAGUAUUCAUAAAAAAUAUGCUUUAAAAAAUUGGAAUCAUUUGCGUGGAGUGGCACAUACUGAUGAUUUGGGUUAUUUGUUCAAAAUGUCACCAAUUUUGUACCUGUUUUCUUGGCCUUUGAAUAUUCCGACUGAUGAAACUGCUCAAAGGACUCACAAUAGAAUGGUGGUAAUGUGGACGAACUUUGCUAAAACAGGUAAUCCCAUGAAAUCCGAAUUAGUGCAAAGAUAUAGAAUCAUCGAUGCUUUAGCAGGAUAUACAUGGGAUCCUUGUGACAGUUUGGAUCCAAAAUAUUUAGAAAUUGGUAAACGAGACUUUGGAAUGAGACAUUUUUCAGAAAUUUAUCGAAUGUGUAUUUGGGAUAGGAUUUUUGAAACAGGAAUAAAAAAUAGUUCAAUGAAAUCGGCAAAUAAACAAGUUGCAGAGAAGGCAAUUGAAAAAUAUUCCAAAAUGUUGCACAUUCCAAGAAGCGAAGAUUGCUUAUAUCUGAAUAUAUUUACACCAGAGACUGUUAAUUCUGCGAACAAUACUAAAUAUCCUGUAAUGUUCUGGAUCCAUGGAGGCGCAUUCAACCAAGGAUCAGGAUCUUAUAAUUUUUUUGGACCUGAUUAUUUAAUCAGGGAAGGAAUUAUUUUGGUGACUAUCAACUAUCGACUGGGAGUUUUCGGCUUUCUAUCUGCACCGGAAUGGGAUAUUCAUGGAAAUAUGGGUCUAAAAGAUCAGAGACUGGCACUUAAAUGGGUUUACGACAACAUCGAAAAGUUUGGUGGAGACAGAGAAAAAAUUACAAUUGCUGGAGAAUCUGCUGGAGCAGCAAGUGUCCAUUUUCUGAUGAUGGACAACUCGACUAGAAAAUACUACCAAAGGGCCAUUUUGCAGAGUGGGACAUUACUAAAUCCGACUGCUAAUCAAAUUCAACCUCUGCAUAGAUUUGAAAAACUCAAACAAGUGCUAAACAUCACGCAAAAACAAGAACUCCUAAACCUGGAUAAAAACCUAAUUUUACGAGCAGCCUUAAACAGAGUUCCUGAUACCAACGACCAUGAUCGAGACACAGUACCAGUAUUUAAUCCAGUCUUAGAAUCACCAGAAUCUCCAGAUCCAAUAACAUUUCCAUCUGCUUUGGAAAGAAUGAGAAAUGGUGAAUUUCCUGAUGUCGAUGUCAUCAUGGGGUUCAAUAGUGCUGAAGGUUUAAGAUCUAUGGCAAGAGUAACCAGAGGAAACAUGGAAGUUCACAAGACUUUGACAAAUAUAGAAAGGGCUAUACAUAGAGAUGCUAAUAUUUGGAAAAAUCCCAAUGGCAUUGAGGAGAAAAAAUUUAUAAAAAUGCUUACAGAAUUUUAUGACCAAGUCAAAGAACAAAACGAUGAUAUCGAAGCUUACGUCCAACUUAAAGGCGAUGCUGGUUAUCUCCAAGGAAUCUACCGUACCUUGAAAGCCAUAUUUUUCAAUGAAUUCAGCAGGAAUUCCAAUUUGUAUUUGUACAGGUUAUCAGAUGAUACGUAUAGUGUAUAUAAAAGUUAUAUCUUGCCCUAUCGAUGGGGUUCCUUGCCAGGAGUUAGUCAUGGUGAUGAUUUAGGAUAUCUUUUUGCAAACUCUUUGGAUGUUCCUAUUUUGGGAACAACGCACAUUUCUAUACCGCAAGAUGCUAUGCAGACUCUGGAAAGGAUGGUCAGGAUCUGGACCAAUUUUGUAAAGAAUGGAAAACCUACAUCAAACACUGAAGAUGCAUCAUGUGAUACAAAAAGACAUUUAAACGACAUUUUUUGGGAACCAUACAACGACGAAGAACCAAAAUAUUUGGACAUGGGAAAAGAACAUUUUGAAAUGAAAAAUAUUUUGGAACUAAAACGCAUGAUGCUUUGGGAUGAAGUUUAUAGAAAUGCGAAUUUGCGGUUUAGAGUCUGUAAUGAAGAAAGUAUUAGAUGA